AUGGAGUACGCUUCCAGCAUACAGAAUGAAUUGGACGACUUGAAGCCAUCGCUUUUCGAGCUUCUGGCUGAGGAACAACUCUCCUCGCUCCUUCCCCCCUCAAUCCGUUACCUACUAGCAGUCGCGACCCAUCGACAUCCCCGGUAUCUUCUCCGAAUCCUCAAUAAUUUCGACGAGCUCUAUGCGCUUGUAUCACUCGUGGUAGAGCGAUACUAUCUCCGAACCUUUGGCGGCUCAUUUACCGAAAACUUCUACUCCCUCAAGCGCGAACGUGUUCUCUUCACAAAGAAUGGCGAGGUACCCCGAGCACAGAUUGGCGCUGCGACAGCAGUCCGAGAGACCCUCAGGCUGCGUACGUCUGAUGUGUGGAAAAACUUAGCCAUCAUGGUGGGACUUCCAUAUCUCAAACGCAAACUCGACGAAAGCUACGAUAUCCAUGUCGUGCCGCAAUCGUCCUCCCUACUCGGUGGACCAAGAUACAGCCGCCACGACGAUUUGCCCCCGAAUCCGACAAUUAAACAGCGUAUGAUGUUUUAUUAUAAAUGGUUCCUUCGGAAUAUAUAUCCAUCUGUGAAUGCGGCGUAUUACUUCUCUAUACUUGCAUUUAACCUUGCAUAUCUCUUCGAUAACACAAAAUACUCCUCGCCGUUCCUAUGGUUGAUCGGAACGCGCAUUCGUCGCCUGGGACCAGCCGAUCACCGCGCCAUUGCAAUGGCCAUGCAAUCAAAGCCUAGUAAUAGCGCUCGUCAACGUCCCGGUUCAGGACUUCUAGGACUAUUGAGUCCCCAAAAUGUAUACCCCCAACUCCUACAAUCAUUACGAUUUUUCCUCCCAGCAUCAAUAUUUGCCCUCAAAUUCCUCGAGUGGUGGCACGCAAGCGACUUUUCGCGACAACUAGCCCGCAAAGUCACUGAGACGCUCGAUUUACCAGCUCCAGUGGUGACUGGUAUGACAGACCCGUCAUUGAAGAAAAAAGCCACGACCACGACGACAGCAUCUCCUUCACCCAACUUAAAACCAGCUAUCAAAGCCUCGCCAUCCCGCCGCCAACCACCCAUUUCAUCAACUUCCUAUCUCCCCAUCUUUACAGUCCCAAUUCCGGCUCCGGAUUCAGAUAAUGCAGGCGCAUGCCCCAUCUGUCUCAACCCUCUCACGAACCCUACCGCAUGUCAAACAGGAUAUGUAUUUUGCUACAGCUGUGUGUUUAGAUGGUUGAAUGGUGAUCACGAACGACAAAUAGAUUUCAUGAAUGGUGUAGAUGGCGGCGCAGCGUGGGAUGCUCCUGAUGAAGGGGACGAGGAUUCUGGAGAAAAUGGCCAAAAUAAUGAUAAAGCUAAAGCAGAUGGGAACAAUGCUUCUACGGAGUCGAAUAAGAGUCGGGAAGGAAAGUGGGAGAGUGGAAAGGGAAGAUGCCCUGUGACGGGUCGGAGGGUGUUGGGAGGUACGGAUUGUUUGAGAAGAGUUUUAGUUUAG